CCCCUUCUUCUCCACCAUCGCCUUCUCAGGCACUCAUCAGCGCUUCUCUUCCUCUUGCAUCGCAAGCUUACACGAAGAGGAUCGCACACACACGAGUCAAAGCACCUCGAAGCUCCAAUUAAUCAGAUAGCAAUGGGGCUGUGCAUGUCCAGCGGCGCGGCGGCGGAGGGGCUGGCGGCGACGGCGAUGGUGCUGCUGCCGACGGGGAAGCUCCGUGAGUACCCACGCGGUGCCAAAGCGGCGCAGGCGCUGGAGGACUUCGCCUCCGGGGAGAAAGGGUGGUUCCUGUGCGACGCCGACGCCAUGGGGUUCGACGGCCCCGUGCCGGCUGUGGGCGGCGCCGAAGAGCUCCGCCCCGGGCAGAUCUAUUUCGUGCUCCCCGCCGAAGCGCGCCGGAACGGCCUCCCGCGCGAAGACAUCGCCGCGCUUGCCGUAAAGGCGUCCGCCGCGCUCGUUAGCAAGGCCAACUCCGGUGGGGGCGGACGGCGGAGGCGCGCCGGGUCAGUGGCUCCGCUCGUGUUCGCCCCGCCGGCGGCCGAGAAGGAGGUGGACGCGUACAAGACCGUGCCGGCGCUGGCGCCCAAGAGGCGGCCCCCUGUUUCGCGCGCCAUGAGUGCCGGCCGGAUGCAGCCGCGGUUCGCACCCGAUCUGGGCGCCAUCCCGGAGUGAGCUAUCCAUCCAUCGAUCGGAACCGAUGUAGAAGCGGAAACGGGAUCACGGAGAUUCGGCGAUUCGAAGUUCCCGAACUUGGAUUCGGGAGGCGCUCCAAGGAGCAACGGUCCUGGAUUACCGGAAAACAGAGGAAACAGAGCAAGGAGGAUCAGAAUUGAUGUCGCCACUGGCCAGCCUCGAGGAAUAAAACACAGAGGGAAGCCGAUGGGGGAUUCCGGCUGAUCCGACGGACGGUGCUCGCUCCGCGUACCGGAGGAUAUCUCAUCAUCGGUUCAGCGUGGCCGAUGGGGGAUUAGCAUCUGUAAUUUGUGGAGAGGACAAAGUCUAUUAAAAAUUGUGAAUAUGUAAAAGUUCCGGCUUCCGGUCUGAGAUGUAAUUCCAUUUCUACAACGAAUUUAUAAGCUUUGCCGAAACUAAAUGGAGUUAUUAA